AUGAAGCACCACACUCAUACGAGUUCUCGCUGUAUUCUUCGUGCAAUAAAUGCGCCAUACCGACAGGCACUUCAAUAUGAACGCGAUCCUGUACCGGUUCACCGUCAAUCUUUCCCAAAGCCUGGGGAACCGCAUGCAUGUCUGAGUUCUGUUGUAUCUAGACGGGGACUGGAUCCAUUCCCCAUUCACCGGCAGUCUUUCGAGGAAAUGUUACCUAGCCUCACGCAGUGUCUCCAAGAGCAAGCACUGUCUCAUCGCCGACGAUUUGGAAACACCAAGCUACUUUCUGUUCGCUCCCCUGAAGAUUUUAUGUCCUUUGACCUUCAAAGUCACCCUCCUUCGAUGAGCCCGGAUGUCUCUGAGUGUCAAUCCUCCCAAAUUUGUGAUCCAAAUAACACCCCAAUACAUUCCCAAACUCUGGAUUCCCCGGGAUUGAAUGCCUGCGGCCCAUCACCGACAUCAGUUUCCCGCUCUCUGUCCCCUCGAGUGAUUCCUGAUGAGCUCGCCUAUGCAGCUCAGGAAUCAUCAGAACCACACUCUCCAGCUCUACAGAUUGAAUAUCGGCUCAUUCCUGGUGCAGGUUCAUCUACUCCGACCGACGAUGCGACUCUCAGCCAUCCUCAGACCAGUACUUCCCAGUACAGCGCCUGUCGUGUUGAGCAUAAAAUUCGUGGACUCGAUCAAGUCAUGCAUUGGUUUUAUUCCCGCGGCUGUGAGCCUCUACUUACUCCUCCGCCUUAUGAGUCGCUUGAGUAUGUGGAUAUGGAGUGCUCAGCGGGGCUGGGAGGAGGCUCAAGAGAACCAGGUUCAUCCUCUCCUCCCAAUGCAUCGCCUCUGGUUUGGCGCAACUGGGGAACCUUGCUGGGUCACUCAAAAGACAAUAAGCACUUACAAGUGACGCCUGAAGGUUUCAGCCUCCAAAACCUCAUGUGCGACAUACGUGUAGCUGCCUAA